UCGAUAUCGCUCAUUCUUUUCAUUAAAAUGCGCGUUCCAAGUACAAUAAACAAAAACUGCUUGAAAGCAUACGAGCCUCACAAACCUUACAUUGAACAAUUGUGUAACAAUCGAAAAGUGAGGAGCUACAACUUCGAAAAUUGCGACAUAAAGAUCCCUAAGACGUUAGCAGAACUGUGCGUCGAAUGUAUUGCUCGAUACUGGACAGAAAGGCCCCUUCUGGACGAAAUCAUCCUACUGGAAGACAGGUUUUUACUAUUGGAUCUUCUGCCAGAGUCUCUACCUUUAGAGCUCACCAUUCCGAGGAUCAGCGACGAGGUCUACUGGAAAAAAUGCUACUUGAUCAGAUGGCCUAAAAAAGUGGCAAAAAUCAAGGAGGACUUUGGAUAUUUGAGUCAUAUCGUUCGUAAUGGAGUUAACGUGCUUAAUGAGGAUUUUAUCAGUGAACAACUAGGCAGCAAAAACGGGAAAUCCAGCGCAUCUGGCAGCAAAAGAUCGAAACCCUCCAGAAAAUACAGCGACAUAAGCACAGAACGGCCAGUAGGAAGAACAUGGAAGAAAAUUUAUUGUGAAAUGCAUGUGAAAGACUAUCUGGAAAGAUUACGUCCGGAGGAUUAUAAUCCUGAAAAGAUCAAAGAACUCUGCGACUUGUUCGGGCCUUACGUGGAACUUCUCAGUAUCGAAGAGAUGAUCAGUUCCGAAACUUCGGCCAAUAAAAUGCCCCUGAACGCUGUUACAACCGGUUUUCCGCACUUAACUGAGCUGUCGUUGAGGUUUAAACAGAGUUAUGCCAAAGGAGAUUUUUCUUGGAGUAUUAUCACUUGUAGCAUGCAUGACGUGCAGUUGCUCGCCAAGGGGCUUGAGAGGAUUCGGCUUAAGGUUUUAAGAAUAACAAACUCGGACAUCGAGUGUGAGAAGACCCGGAUCAUCCUAAAAUCCCUCCUGAAGCACGACUUACAAAUUCUGGACUUUUCCCAUUGUAAAAUCGGCAACAGGGGCGCCACGACCUUGGCCAAAUUUUUCCUGGAAAACACAUUGAUGGAAGCCUAUUUGGCCAACAAUAGAAUAGGUUCUAAGGGUAUCCUAUGCUUGGCCUACGCCCUGGCACAAAAACCAUGCAACAUCAAAAUCCUGGAUGUACAUUUAAAUCAGUUUUCCAACGAAUUGGGCAACGUUUUAAUUAAUUCUUUGGCCCAUAACAGCGUUGCCAAGAGUCUUUCCAUGUCUGGAUGUGGUUUGAGUGGCGGUUUCCAAAUAGCCGAGGCGCUGAAGAGGAUCGAUGUAUUGGAGACGUUGGAUUUGUCCAAUAACAGGCUUGGAGAAGAUAUUGGCAGGAAAAUCUUGGAAGCGCUCAAGGUUAAUUCGUCUUUGAAGAAACUCGACAUACGCAUGUGUAAAAUAUCGUCUGGUCUAGAGGCGGAUAUUCAGCAAGAAAUUUAUAGAAAUGUCAAAGGCGUACUGAGGUCAGAACCUGUGGAACAGGAUCCAGACGUUCACUUCGAUUGGGAUGAGGCUCUGGUGGCUGAGAUUGAGGAAGUCUUUGUUGAGGAGCGUUACAACCCUGAAGAGGUUUGAAAUGCUGUCAUGCUCUUGGACAGUACACUAAACCACUGUGCACUACACCCAACCUUUACUGAGUUUGGGCACUGAGGUUCAAUUUGCUGUCCGUACAACGUUUGGCAACAGUGACAGUCUUUCGGUUACGGAUUCAAAACCGAUUAAAACCGGUUUUGCGAUAUGUGAGUUGAUUUAUUUAGAUAAAUGACCCAGAACAAAAGCACUUAAAGCGAUAUUGCAUUAUUGUAUGUUUUAUAAAUACAUAUGUAUAUCUAAUAUAUGAUAAUAAUGUGCGUUUUAAUUUUUUAUAAGAAAAAAUAUUUAAUACACAUCUUGA